AUGGUAUUUUCUCGCACCGUCUUGCAACUUUCCUUCGCGGCCUUGGCCUACGCGAAGCCCUACCCGAAGGCGAUACUUCAAUGGGGCCCUUGUAACACAACCGAAGUGCCCAGCCAGGUUCCCGUGCAAUGCAGCACUCUUGAGGUCCCUCUCGAUUACACCGAGCCUGGUUCCGGCGAGACUCACAUCCUUGAUCUCGUUAGGGUUCCCGCGCCGGUACAGCCUUCGAAGGGCAGUAUUGUCCUUAACUUUGGCGGUCCAGGAGGCACGGCACGAGAUGUUGUGGGUGCGCUGUCGAUGGAGUUACAGGCGCUCUCCGGCCGUGAAUACGACCUUCUAGCCUUCGACCCACGUGGAACUUCUGGCUCCCGACUUAGCUUCAACUGCUAUCAGAAUGAGUUAGAUGCGCUGUCCUUCUUUUUGAGCCAAGUCCCCGCCAACCAGUCGGAAGGACAGCUGGGGAGGCUAUGGGCGCAGGGGACGAUAAACGCCGAUACCUGUUUAAGGACGCAAAAUAAGACCGGCAGCCUUAUCAGCUCCGCGUUUACCGCGAGGGAUAUAAUGCAAAUCGUGGAUGCGCUCGAGGAAGAUGGAAUGUUACGGUACUGGGGCUUUUCGUAUGGCACGACGUUGGGAGCAACUAUCGCCGGCAUGUUCCCAGAUAAAAUCGAGCGGAUGGUGCUCGAUGGAGUUCAAAAUCCCCACGAGUAUUAUCGCGAGCAAGCUGAUAUUGAGGAAUGGACCGACGCCGACGCAGAAUUUUCGGCCAUAUUCACCGGCUGUGUCGCAGCUCGAGAUAAGUGCGCGUUGGCCAAAGGUAACAAUAAAACCGCCGCCGAGCUCGAGAAGGAGGUUUGGGACCUUAUCGAGGCUGUUAAAAUCCGUCCACUUGUCGUCGAAGGCGCUAUGAUGGAUUACGCAGCCGUCAAGGGCCUCUUUAUUAAUGCUCUCUAUAACAGCGGAACCUGGGCAGGUUUAGCCGAAAUGGUUAACGCGAUACUUACUGGGCAAUACGAGAGCUCCUCUGAUACCUCUCCGUUUGAUCCCGCCCUCAUCCAUUGGAGCAUUCUCAGGGCGCAGGCUUUGUCAGGCAUCCACUGCAGCGACAAUAUGGUACGGACUGAGAGAUUCGAGGAUUUCGUCCCGGCUGUCGAGCGUAUGUACGAGUCAAGCAAAAUCAUCGGAGAUGCAUUAGUAAGCCUAUACGCCACCUGCGCGCAGUGGAAGAUCGAGCCCAAAGAGCGGUAUAUGGGCGACUUCAACGUGAACACGAAGCACCCAGUCCUCUUCAUCGGUAACACCUUCGACGGACUGACGCCCUUGGUAUCGGCCAGGAAUGUCAGCUCCACCUUCGAAGGUAGCGUUGUCCUCGAGGUCGACGGAUACGGCCAUGCCUCUCUUGUUGCCCCUUCGGCAUGCACCCUUCGGAAGACUUCGACCUACUGGUUGGACGGAACUCUACCCGACAACCUGUUUUGCGAAUCAGACGCGCCCCUGUACUCGGGAGUCACUUGGAAGGAGGUCAUCGACAAAUACUACGGCACCAACAGCACGGCUCCUACCAAGCGUACCGUCCCCCUUUCCCCCAAGCUUGGGUAUCCUAUCGGCCCCCACUGGUGA